UAAUAAAACAAAUAUACUUUUUUGUUUAUUUACUGCAUUAUUAUUCCUUCAUGUUUCUGUUCUUCUCUUAUAAGUAAAAGGCUUAAAGGCAGAUUUUAAGGCUGGCGAAUACUGAACAAAUACGUAUUUACAAUGGGUGACAAGGACAGAGAUGAAAAAAGUCCGGAAAUAAUUACUGAGGCUGAAAGAACUUUGGCAGUAAAUGCUUUGGCUGAAUUUAAAAAGAAAAACUAUACUAAUUGUCUACAAAACAUCAACAAAUUAGAAGCUACUCGCCCAUCCAACUUUAAAAUUUUGCACAACAAAGCUGUUGUAGAGUAUUAUAAAAGUGAUCUGAAAAAAACAGAGCUAUUUAAGAAAAACCUUGCCUCAAUAUGCACACAGUUUAAGAUAAAAGUUGACAAGUUGGAAGAAAUAGAUUAUUGUAUAGCUCAAUUUAACCAAGCAGUAAUUUUAUUUCAUGAAAAACAGUAUACAUCAGCACAAAGGAUUAUGGAUAGAGUUUAUAAAUUUAUUGAGCCUAUGGAGGAAAACCUUGCUAAACAAGCCAGUCUAUUAGCCAUAGAGCUUCAACUAUGCUUAAGGCGCCCUGACAAAGCAUUGACGCUUAUAAGCUACCUUGAAAAUAAUUUGAUGUAUGGCGGAAGUAUCCCGUUAAAAAGUUUGGAUAAAACAUCAAAAGAAAAGAAGUUUCCCUUGCCUACUGCUAAGCCCAUCCCAGAGGACUUUCAAAAAAAAUUGUUAAAAUAUAAAGUGAGAUGCUACCUUCUAAAUCACUCUUUAAGUAUUGCUACGAGGGAAAUACCAGUUUUGCUAAAAGAAAAAAAUAAGAUUGAAGCACUAUUCCUCUCGGCUAAUUUGCAUUACCUUAAAGGCAAUUUUGAUGAGUCUCUUAAAAUUUUAUCCUGUAUACCUGAAGAUACCCUCAGUUACACCGAAUAUGGCGAAAGUUCGAGAAUUUUAAUAUACAAUAAUUUAGGUAUUUUAUAUCAUGUUAUGGGGAAACCCAAUUUAGCCUGUCAUUAUUUUCAAACUGCUUUGAAGGAAGAUAUUCGUAAUUGCCAGAAUUUGCAGAAAAAGGAUGUCAAUGAUAAGCAGCUUUAUAUCUGUGGUGGUUCUAAAUACCACGAGUUAAUGUAUAAUCUAGGCGUGGCUCUCUUGACCGCCGGUAGGGCAGCUCAAGCGUUCGAUUGUUUAAUAAUUUGCGUGAGGAGAUACCACAGGAAUUCCAGGCUGUGGCUCCGUAUUGCUGAAUGUUGUAUAGCUGUCCAUAAACCGAGUAACCAAGUAGAUUUUGACAUCCACAAACGCAAAAAGGAGCUAAUUUGUGAUAUCAUAGGUACGAAGGAUAAGCAGAAAGUGGUUUUAGUCAAUACUUUAUCCAACGACAAAAAAUACAAUGCGGAGAGCCAAUCGUACGCUAUUCCAGUUCCUACAUUAGAAUUUGCUUCUCUUUGCCUUAAAAAUGCAAAACUUUUAAUUCCGGAGAAUGUGGGAGAAACUCCUCCGGAACCGCUCUUUUUGGUUCCCGGAGUGACACCUCCUGCACCUCCACCCAGUCCAACUGUGGCCCCUUCCAGUCCUGUGGCUUCGGAUGAAAUUCAGAAUUUGAAAAAUGGCAUACUGAUAGCAACAGCAUACGUAUCCUUAUGUUUAGGAGAUUAUAUUAACGGUCUGAAUCAUGCGACAGAGCUUUUACAACAAGAAAAAAUAUCUGGAGUACACAAGCUUUUGGGGCAUCUCUAUGCUGCGGAGUGUUUAGUGUUAUCGGAUAAAAUUCCAGAAGCGGUUGAACAUUUAAACCCGGAAAAUGUUAAAAAUGUUGGAUUUGAAUUUGAGAGCUCGGCUUCCACCGAUGAUGAAGCUGAUGUAAAAAAUAAUCCUCCUUUUAAAUGGUUCCCAAAUAACUUGGCAAGUGCCUAUUCUGUAAUGCAGUACAACCUUGCAGUCGCCAAAACUAUCCGAGGUCAGCUUGAGCAGGCGGGUCAUCUAGUGAAGCAAAUCUGGCAAGAACGCUUAGCGGACGGUCAAGUGCCAGCGCAUAUAAUUAUGUUGAUAAUCUACAUUGAGUUACAAUUAGGACAUGCGGAAAUUGCCAGGAAUCUUUUAAGGCGGUACUCAUUUCAACCAAGAAUUUCUGGAUGAUAUCUAAGCGAUAUAAUCUAUACAAUUCAUUAGGACCAUGUUUAAUUCAUGAUAUUAAAUUCUAAAAUUUAUAUAAAAUCUUCCCUUUGUAUUAAGUUAAAAAAAUUAUGGAGUACCGAUUUUCGGCAUAAAAGAAAUUUAUUAAAUAAAAUUAAAAUAUGCCUUUGUUUUAAAACAAAA